ACCAAUUUGGAGGAAAUUAACGAUAAAAUGAAUUUAUUAUUAAUUUCAGUAUUAUUUAGCUCGCUAUCAUUACUAAAGGGAAAUAAUUGGCCAAGACAUAGUAAAGUUUAAACAAACAAUAUAUUCAUGCCAGUAUCGAAGUUCUGGCUACUGGGCUGGUGAAACCCUCUGGAACUAACAGUCAACCAACAGAGGUAUCGUCCCAGUGGUAGUGAUAACAUAAAUGGUACCAAGUUUAAUGCAGCAGAUCCACAUUUCGACAAUUAAUGUCUCUUCAGUGAUGUUCGAGCACUUCACAUUUUAUAAGUAAUAUAGAAAUGAUACCAAAAUGGUGUUGGGAUACAUAUUCAAAUAAAUUUAUAAGAAGAUAUUUUCCAGUUAGAAAAUUAAUAUGCAUUCCUGGUUUUGAAGGAGAUACUUGUUCGAUACAAUGUUUUACCUGCCAAAGUUACAGAGAAUUAGAUACAAGAGUUAAAACACUCGAAACAAAUCGACCGGUCAUCAUACCGAAUAAUGGCGGAGGAGGUGGAACAGGUCAAAAAGGGGAGAAAGGGGAAAAGGGUAUGACAGCGGAAAGAGGGCUACAAGGUUUUAAAGGUGAAAGAGGCGAAAAGGGCGGACCAGGACAAAUUGGAUUUACAGGAUAUAAAGGUGACAAAGGAGACAAAGGAGACGGUGGAAAACCAGGAGUGAAGGGAGAAAUAGGUUUGAUAGGACUACAAGGAGAAAGAGGGCAGAAAGGGGAACCUGGAAAUGGGGGUGAUGGAAAUGGAGGAAGUGGAGGAAGCGGAGAAAAGGGAGAACCAGGUAUAAGCGGUCCACGUGGUCCACCAGGGUUGACAGGACCCCAGGGGCCUCAAGGAGAACAGGGACUACCAGGACUUAAUGGACUACCUGGCCAAAAAGGUGAUCCAGGGAUGAAUGGAAUUAAUGGUUUUCCGGGAAAAGAUGGGUUAAAUGGAUUACAAGGACCUCAAGGGAUAGCAGGGGUGAUUGGCGAUCGAGGAUAUCCGGGCAUUCCAGGAGACACAGGAAGAAAAGGAGAGCCUGGUGAACGUGGUUUUAUGGGACCGCCGGGAUUGACAGGUCCUGCUGGUCCUAUAGGAAUUCCAGGAGAAACAACAACAAUUGUAGUUCCUAAUGAAGAAAUUGCGAUUUUAAAAGAAAGAAUAAAGAGUUUAGAAAAUAAUGUAUCAUCAUGUUGCAAUGAAGUUAAAGAACUAAAUGUCAUAGUUACAGGAAUAUUAAAAUCUUUAAGUACUACUACCACCGCCGCUGUACCAGGUACAACAACUACCACUACGGAACCAAGUACCACAACUACCUUCACUAUACCUAGAACAACAACUCCUACUAUCAUGCCAACAACUACGACAGAACCUGCAACAACAUCGUUCCAAGGUUGUGAACCAAAUCAGUUUAAGUGUAUAAGUACAGAUAGAUGUCUCCCUCUGGCAUUUAGAUGUGAUGGCAUUAAUGAUUGUGACGAUGAAAGUGAUGAACGUAAUUGUGAUUGUAACGAAUUCCAGUUUACAUGUGAAUCUGACCAGCGUUGUAUUCAAAUAGACAAAAAAUGUAACAACGAAUUCGAUUGUGCUGAUAGAUCCGAUGAAAGAAACUGUGAGAGAAUUGCCCAAUGUCCGGAAGGUUUAUUUACAUGCAAAAAUGGAAAAUGUAUCAGUCGAAAUUUACAAUGUGAUGAUGUCGAUGACUGUGGUGAUGAAAGUGACGAACAGAAAUGUGAAAUUGAUAUAGAAGGCACAGGUGACCAAGAACUCCGAGGAGACGUACCAUACUCUGUUCGCUAGUCCAGUAUCCACCCGCUUGUACAGUUCACUAACGCGUCUUUCCUGUAUUUGAUCUUUGACCUAGUGAUACGGCAUGUACACUUCACAGAUAUGUAAACUGUUCGAUAUAUCUCUCUCUCUAAACCUGUAGCUUUUGUAUUGUAUCGCAUUCUUAGCUGUUUUGUGAUUAGGCAAAAUGCUGCACUUAUAAAAACUUUUAUCAUGUAAACAUGUUUCAAAUUCCUCUUUCUGGAGUUUUGCUUUUAUAAACAGUGCAUUCGACAAAGGCUGCAUGUUUAACUUUGUUCGGUAGCCUGAAAAAUGUAUCUCAUAUUUCUUACUUUUGAAAUUAUAUAACCCUGCAGCAUUUUGCUUUUCGGUAUAUUAUACGUCAUCCUCGGAUUACUCUUGGAAUAUGAAUUUCUUUUAAAAUAUGCAAUUUUUGUAUGAAUUUUGAAUAACUUACAUGACAGUUGUUGAUAAUAUAUUUUUGUAUUUUUAAGGAAAUAAAAGUUACUUUCGAAAGGUGA